CACAGAAUUUCCCAAACUCCAAAAAUCAUCUCCAGCGGCUUUUUGGAUUGAAAAAUCUCCAAAUACCAACAAGUCCUGAGUUGGAAUCUCGAAUAAGGCCAAUAAAAAUCCAAGACUCAGAGAGUUCAGAUAUGGGAACAUUCCAAUCAAUCAGAAAUCAAACAGACGUUGCCCUCAGCAUUGCAAAACUUUUGUUCACUACAAAAUAUUCUGAGGACAAGAACGUUGUGUUUUCGCCAUCAUCGAUCCACACGGUGCUUAGCAUCAUCGCCGCUGGUUCAGACGGCCAAACACGCAAUCAACUUCUCACCUUCCUCCGAUGCGAAUCCACUGAUUAUCUCAACUCCUUAGCCUCUAAGCUUGCCUCCAAUGUGCUACGUGAUUCGGCUCCGGACGUCGGCGGCUGCCCUCCCUGUUUGAGGGACAACAGCAGCCGUCAUCCAGAUUUCAGCGACAGCGAGGGUGAGGCUGAAGGCCCUUGUGUCUGUUUUGCCAACGGUGUGUGGGUUGAACAAUCCUUUUCUCUUCACCAUUCCUUCAAACAACUGUUGAACACUGCUUACAAGGCCACUCUGGCCUCUGUUGAUCUCCAAAACAAGGCUGAUGAAGUGAUCAAAGAAAUUAAUUUGUGGGCUGAAGAAAAGACAAAGGGGCUUAUCAAAGACAUUCUUUCUCCUGGGUCACUUAACAGCUCAACAAGGCUCGUUUUUGCAAAUUCACUGUACUUCAAAGCUGCAUGGCAAGAGAAAGACUCGUUUGGUGAAUCAAGUACAAAAGACGGUGAUUUUCACAUUCUUAAUGGAACAUCAGUCAAGGUUUCCUUCAUGACAGACAAGGGGGACCGGCAUAUUUGUGUUUGCGAUGGUUUCAAAGUCCUCCGACUUGAUUAUGAGUCGGGUCCAGAUACGCAUAAAUUCUCCAUGUAUAUUUUCCUUCCGGAUGCAAAUGAUGGGCUGUCCGCUUUGGUUGAGCAUUUGGCUUCUGAAUCUGGGUUCUUAGAACACCGUCUUCCUAAUCAAAAAGUGGAAGUAGGAGACUUCAGGAUUCCAAAAUUCAAGUUUUCUUUCGGAGUCGACCUUACUGAUGUACUGAAAGAGAUGGGGCUGGUUUUGCCUUUCUCUCCUUACGAUGCAGAUUUGACAAAAAUGGUGGACCCUCUUAUGUGUCAAGAAAACUUAUAUGUUUCCAGCAUAAAACACAGAUCUUUCAUUUCAAUGAAUGAACAAGGCACUGAAGCUGCAACAGUCACUUAUUCAGACAAUAUGGGGUUUUCCUUGGGUUGUAUGUAUCCAAAAACAGAGGUUGAUUUUGUAGCUGACCACCCUUUCUUAUUCCUUAUUAGAGAAAGAUUGUCUAGAACAGUGUUCUUUGUUGGACAGGUGCUCGAUCCUCUUCAUGAAUGAAACAGCGUCCACGCCGAAAAGAAUAAGAGAAUCAUUAGUGAUAUCAAUAUCUACUAUUGUUUCGAAACAUUAUUAUUCUUCUUUAUUUGUUACACUAUUUUGAUUGGAUUUUAUCAUUGGAU